AUGAAUAUAUUACAGGUUAAUGAGGCACGUGAUCUAGUUGCUGCAGAUACAAAUGGAUUUAGUGACCCAUAUUGUGUAUUAAAUUUAGGUUUACAAAAGAAAAAGACAAAAACAAUCAAACGCACAUUGAAUCCAAAAUGGGGUGAAACAUUUUUAAUGAGAGUAUCACCUAUGGACUUGAGAUUACAUGUUGUACUUUCGGAUUGGGAUGCGAUGUCCUCCGAUGAUUUCUUGGGCGAAUGUUAUAUCGAUUUGAAUUCGAUGAACGAUCAACCCACUUGGUAUACAUUGCAACCGCGUCCAACUCAUCCCGAUGAUUUCGUGAAGGGUGAAGUACUGAUAAAGGCGCGUGUGGUGUCGUCGAUGAACUCAGGUGGCGCGCGCGAAGCCAAACUGCCCACCAAUAUCAUCACAGAGGUGAACAACCGUGUCACCGCGUACGAAACGAACGGUGAGCUACUCGACCUGACUGGAAUCGGGCUGGAGAUGUUCCCCGAGUUCCUCGAGGAGCACGUUCCCGACAUUGUCAAUCUCGACCUCGGAUUCAACCAGUUCAAGAUGUUCCCACAGCUCAAGAUGUUCAAAAACCUGCAGUCGCUAUCGCUCGGUGGAAAUAUGAUAAUGACAAUUCCUGGCGAUAUGCUGGAUUUGCCGCUUCUCAAAACUCUCACCAUCAACGGUAAUCAGCUGAUUGCGAUCCCGCCGGAAAUCAAAAAGUUGGUUUGCCUCGAAAAGCUGGAUUUGGCAAACAACAAGAUCUCGGUGCUCUGCGAGGAGAUCGGAAUGCUGAGCAAGCUCGAGGAGUUGGUGAUCGCCGGUAAUCCGUUGCAGUCGCUGCCCCCGACUUUUUGCAAUCUUGGCUCGCUCGAGAUGCUCGACGCCAACGGCUGUCAGCUCGUCAAACUACCCGAAGAAUUCCCACAGAUGACCAGACUGCUCGAGUUGAAUCUCGGUAACAAUAAACUGGUGGAACUGCCUAGCUUAAUCGGUAGAAUGACACGUUUGGUCGUAUUGAAUAUUAUGGACAACAGACUGACCGACUUGCCACUGUCGAUCGGAUAUUGUUUUGGACUCGGAAAGAUCGGUGCCGGUAUCAACAUCGAAGGUAAUCCUAUCAACUCUGACGAGAUCAUCAGUAAAUACAAGAUUGGUAACGAUCAUCUGAUGGAUCAUUUGGAGAAGAGAAUGGCAGUGCAAGGCUAUACCCUACCGGAUCAGAAAGCGAAACAAUCGAAUAAUAAAGCAUUGCAAUCGAGUAAUCCAACAGCAAAGAAUCCAGCUGGCGUCAACAACUCGACAACCUCAACAACAACCUCAACAACAGCAUCUUCACAACAGCAACAGCAACAACAACAACCUGUAUUUCCAAAGCCAAUGGGUUUGGUUAGCAACAAACCAGCACCAACUCAACCGACCGCUGCACCCAACGCACAGCAAGAUAUCUUGACUAAAUCGAUCGCUCUCAAGAACUGGUCGAUAGCCAUUAUCCGUGGUGAAAUCAGACCAAAGAUAAACAAAGUGAAAACUCAAAUUCUCAGAUGUGUAAAUAUUCAAGAAGGUAUUUCAAUUGCCAAUAUGAUGAAAUCAAUGAAACCUGAAAUAGAAGCAAUUAAAGCAUUAAUUCCAAAUGCUUUUCCAACACCUGGAGUUCCACUCUCAGGAACCUCUGGUAAGAUUCACUCGGGUAAUGAUAAGCUGGAAACUCUAAAGGAUUUGGUUGUAGCAUCGAUCGACGACGCCGAUAUUGUUUUAGAUUCACUGUAUCAAUUGAUACCAAACUCCUCCGAUCCUCAUCUAAUUGUUGGUCUCGUUAGCUCACUCAAGAAGAUUAAAGAACUCCUACCAUAA